AUGGUGACGUCCAGUCAGACCAGUGGGAAAACAUGUGAAUUAUGUUUGAAACCAAUAACUGAUUUAAAGUAUUAUCGAUCUUUAGCAACAGAGGCCAGUAAGUUAUACAGUGCAUUAUUAACUGAAUUAAGUGUUGCACGAAAGGGAUACGCUUGUAAAUUUUGUGUAAAUAAACUUAAGAGAUUGGUUCGAUUGGAUGAGGAAAUUCGAACUAAGAUAGACGUUUUAAAACAGAAGCGCUGUGAAAUAUUUGAAGAUCUGAAAAGGGUAACAAGUGUUAGACAAAAUAUUUCAAGUGCUAAAUCAUCUUUACAAACAACAGUUAAACAUUUUUCAAAGCGAGAGUAUAGAGCCGUUUCAAAGACUCCUACACCUAGAAAAUUUAAGGCAAGGAGAAUAUUGCCUCUUGUCAGUGCUUCACCAUGUUGUGUCAAAACAAGCAGAGAAGGGGGUGCUUUACCAUCAACCAUCGACGAUGAUCCUCCACCAAUAAAUCCUAUAACGGUUGACAGUUCAACUCAAACUAAAAUCAGUGAAGAGAAGAUUUUUUCUGUGAAGAUUACUGUCAAGUAUGGAAGCAACUACAGAUUCCGUAUUAUUAACAGCGAGGUUCAAAAAUCUGUCUGUAAGGCAAUAUUGAACAACAGGAACCCUGAUACGUGUAUAAAGUCUCUUACAAAAGAUGACCAAUUCAAGUCAGCUUUGCUUGAUUGUUUAUGUAAGGAAAUUCGAAAAGAGGUGUGCAACCUGUGUAGUAAAGACGAAACUUUAUUGAAGUAUGAUAACAAUAUCAAGUGGAAACAAAUAUUAGAUGAACUUAUUUUUAGAGCACCAUCUAUAGUCAGAAUUUUUCAAAGCAUUGUCAGUAAAGACAUUAAGUCCUCUAGUAGUACACAGUACACCAACAACCUGUGUACUUCUGUAUUGUUAUAUGGUAGAAACCACCAACUUUCGCAGAUUCAACAUGUCAUUGGCUUUGUUCUUGAUCAGUGUGGAGCCACCAAAGAGGAUAUCUCCAUUCUGCAUGACAUGGGAAUUAGCGUUACUCAUUCUACCAUUCACAAGAAGAAAAAGAUUUUGCUGAAACAGCAAGAAGAUAGAAUAAAAGCGACAGCUGAAGCAUACACAGAACAACGAAAACUUAUUCUCCUAGGGGAAGCUGUUAUUGAUAGUGACUCUCAAAGAAGUGAUGGAAUUUUACCGUGUGAUCAUCAAAGUUGUGCUGACUUAGACAUAUUAUCAGCUAAAUCAAAGUUGGACAUUCUUUCAAAUGGAUGUGGAGCCACCUAUUCAGGAUUUGAAACUACAGCAUUGUAUAAUUCAUGAUUGGAGCCAUACAGUACUGCAAACACCUCUUUAACAUUAUUAACUGAGAGUACGGAGUACUCUUCCAGCCAAUCUAGGUUUGACAUUUCAUUGAAAGAUGGUAAGAAGUCGGUGUCCAAUUCUUGCAUUGUACCCUAUGGAACUUUUUCUUCAGAAAUGUACACUACAGCAUCACAUGAAAAAUCAAUGGA